CAGUCACCUUUUCCCGUCACCCAGCAGUUCAACUGCUUACCGGGUCGUUGGUGUGUUAAACGGGACAAAACCAAAACAUCCUACAGAUUCAAUUCUCUAUAAAAAUGAAACGAAUUUGGAUUCUAGGCUUUAUUUGUGCUCUGCUAACGUUCACAUCAGUCAGGGCAGAAGAUGAUGUUGACAUUGACGGCACAGUGGAGGAAGACCUGGGCAAAAGCAGAGAUGGAUCACGGACAGAUGACGAGGUUGUCCAGAGGGAAGAGGAGGCCAUCCAGCUUGAUGGCUUGAACGCAGCUCAGAUCAAGGAAAUCCGUGAGAAAUCGGAAAAGCACGUGUUCAAGGCUGAAGUGAACAGGAUGAUGAAGCUCAUCAUCAACUCCCUCUACAAGAACAAAGAGAUCUUCCUUAGAGAACUGAUCUCCAACGCUUCGGAUGCCCUGGAUAAGAUCCGGUUGCUGUCCCUGACCAAUGAGGAUGCACUCAGCGGUAACGAAGAGCUGACGGUGAAAAUCAAGUCCGACAAGGAGAAGAACAUGCUCCACAUCACAGACACGGGCAUCGGCAUGACCAAGGAGGACCUGGUGAAGAACUUGGGCACCAUCGCCAAGUCUGGCACCAGUGAGUUCCUCAACAAGAUGACGGAGAUGCAGGGGGAGGGCCAGUCCACCUCUGAGCUGAUUGGCCAGUUCGGUGUGGGCUUUUACUCCGCCUUCCUGGUGGCUGACAAGGUCAUCGUAACGACCAAGCACAACAACGGCACCCAGCACAUCUGGGAGUCGGACUCCAACGAGUUCUCCGUCAUCGAGGACCCCCGUGGGGACACGCUGGGCAGGGGCACCACUAUCACCUUGGUGAUGAAGGAGGAAGCGUCAGACUACCUGGAGCUUCAGACCAUCAAGAACCUUGUAACCAAAUACUCCCAGUUCAUCAACUUCCCUAUCUACGUGUGGAGCAGCAAGACCGAGACUGUGGAGGAGCCUCUGGAUGAGGACGAGGCUGAGGCAGAGAAGAAGGAUGAGGCUGAAGCGGAGGCGGAGGCUGAGGUGGAGGAGGAGGAGGAGGAGGACAAGCCAAAGACCAAGAAGGUGGAGAAGACGGUGUGGGAUUGGGAGCUGAUGAACGACAUCAAGCCUAUCUGGCAGAGGCCGGCUAAGGAGGUGGAGGAGGACGAGUACAAGGCCUUCUACAAGAGCUUCUCCAAGGAGACGGAGGAUCCCAUCGCCCACAUCCACUUCACUGCAGAGGGCGAGGUCACCUUCAAGUCCAUCCUCUUUGUGCCCUCCACAGCCCCUCGUGGUCUUUUCGACGAGUAUGGGUCCAAGAAGAACGACUUCAUUAAGCUGUUUGUGCGUAGAGUCUUCAUCACCGAUGAUUUCCAUGACAUGAUGCCCAAGUACUUGAACUUUGUGAAGGGCGUGGUCGACUCCGAUGACCUGCCUCUGAACGUCUCCAGAGAGAAUCUCCAGCAGCACAAACUGCUCAAGGUCAUCCGUAAAAAGCUGGUGCGCAAGACCCUGGACAUGAUCAAGAAGAUCGCCGAGGAGGAGUACAACGACAAGUUCUGGAAGGAGUUUGGCACCAACAUCAAGCUGGGGGUGAUCGAGGACCACUCCAACAGGACCCGUCUGGCCAAGCUGCUGCGCUUCCAGACGUCCAACAGCGACACGGUGCUGGCCAGCCUGGAGCAGUACGUGGAGCGCAUGAAGGAGAAGCAGGACAAGAUCUACUUCAUGGCUGGGACCAGCCGGAAGGAGGCCGAGGCCUCUCCGUUUGUGGAGAAUCUGCUGAAGAAGGGCUACGAGGUGGUCUACCUGACCGAGCCCGUGGACGAGUACUGCGUCCAGGCUCUGCCCGAGUUCGACGGCAAGCGCUUCCAGAACGUGGCCAAGGAGGGCGUGACGUUCGACGAGGGCGACAAGGCCAAGGAGAAGAGAGAGGCAGUGGAGAAAGAGUACGAACCCCUCACCACCUGGAUGAAGGAAAAGGCCCUGAAAGACAGGAUUGAGAAGGCUGUGCUGUCCCAGAGACUGACCAAGUCCCCCUGUGCCCUGGUAGCCAGCCAGUACGGCUGGUCAGGAAACAUGGAGAGGCUCAUGAAGGCCCAGGCCUACCAGACAGGAAAGGACAUCUCCACAAAUUACUAUGCCAGCCAAAAGAAAACACUAGAGAUCAAUCCCAAACACCCACUCAUCAAGGAAAUGCUGAAAAGAGUCAAUAGCGAUGCGGAGGACCAGACGGCCUCAGACCUGGCCAUGGUGCUGUUUGAGACGGCCACCCUGCGCUCCGGCUACCAGCUGGCCGACACCAAGGCCUACGGAGACAGGAUAGAGCACAUGCUCAGGCUCAGCAUGAACGUCGACCUCGGCGAACAGGUUGAGGAGGAACCUGAGGAGGAACCUGAGGAGCAGGUGGAGGAAGAGGAGGCUGAGGAUGCAGAGGAACUUAAAGCAGAGGAGGAGGAGGAAGAGCAGGAUAUGGGUGCCAGAACUAAAUUGGAGCUAUGAGGCAGCAAGGGGAAAACGGGGGAGGGAUGGGGGGCAUAUAUUUGAGUAGAUGUCCAUCUCUCUGCUACUGAUGGGGGUGAUGGGGGGGCUAGGAUGGACAGGUUUUUUAAGGGACUUCUUGUGUUUUCAGUUGGUGUUUCAUGCCAAAACGCUAUAUGUCAGGAAGACGUUUGGUCCACAGACUCAUAGACUUUUAAGAUCUUCCUAGUAAAGAAGAAUAUCUUUGUCAUAGAUAAUUGCACGAGGUACAUCAUGUAAUUCAAAAAUGUUCAUUGAGUUUGUAUUUUUGUCAAGCAGGAUAUAGCGUUUUGAAUGAGACAUUUUACUUGUUGCUCAUGACUGUAAAUUGUUAAUAUUUAACUGACCGGUUAUAGAGUGUUGACUUCCUGUCACGAGAACAAUUAAAUGUUUCCGGAAAAGGAA